UCAGCUUUCUUUGAGCGAAUACGGCUUUAAAAUCGUGUAAUUUAUAUGGCGGAUUAAUAUUUGAUUUACAUCUAACUCCUGUCAUAUUGUAAAUUAACUACAUGAACAUGUAGGCACAUCUGAUUUGCUUACAAUAAACCGUUAGAAAGUGAAAAUCAAAACACGCCGUUCGACUCAACCCAAUAAUGACGGGUACAUUUUUACACAUGUAGUAUAAAUUGGAUGACAGUCGCCGAUUUAAUGCACUAUGAUAGUUGAGCUCGAAGAGGAUCGUACGAGAUGAAGAAACUGUGUGUGGCGCUUCUGAUCAUCGUUAGUGUGCAGGCUGAAUUACCGGAUGAGGACCGCAAGAAAAUCGUGGACAACCACAAACAGUGCCUGACGAAAGUGGGAAUCGACAAGGACGUGAUAAAGAACGCGGAAUCCGGCGAUGCCAAGGACGGCGCCAAAUUCAGAGAUUACAUCUUCUGCGCCAACAAACUGAACGGCUUCCAGGACGACAAGGGCGACUUCCAAAAGGAAAACUCACUGAAAGUGCUGACGAAGAUAUUGGACGACAAGGAGGCCGCCGAAAAGUUGUACGAGAGCUGUGCGGUCAAGAAGGACACUCCGGAGGUCACCGCCUACGAAGCCUUCUUGUGCUACAAGAAGAAUUCGCCGAAACCUCUUGGAUUAUUGUAGUUAUUUUUUUGUCUAAUAAAUAUUUAUGCUGA